AGCAUCCACCAAACGGUAAUCAUCCACCCCUCUCUCUUAAACAGUAUCUGAUGUUAACGUUAAUGGCGGCUGCUAUUUUAUACUCCAAUUAAUGCAUACUCUAUCUAUAUUGUAAUUGAUAAUUGUAAAAUACCCAACAAUUAUAUCAUACACUUCAUGUGUGGUGUUUUUUGUGCUUAAUCAUUUCCUGGGUUACUAUUUUAUAUAUGUCACUUUAGGAGAUGAUACUUUUGGUUUUUUGAGGAAAGAUUAUAGAUGGGUUUUUAGUUUCAGCUUUAUUUUAUGAUUUUGAGCUUUUGGGAUUGAUCUGGAUUGAGAUUUUGAGCUCUGAAUUAUAUUCAUCAAUUUUAAGAUUCAGGGGAGAAGUUGGAUUCUUGUGAGUUUGAAUUGGAUUACAAGGACUAUUGAUAUCUCGAUUGGGUGGUUUAUUAUCAUGGGAGUUUUUUUGAUCUAGGGAUCAUAGGCAAAAGGUAGUGAGUUUGGUGAAGUUUUGUAGUGCUUGAUUUUGGAGAAGCAUCUUGUUGAUUGGGAUAUCGAGUUGGUUCUGGAAGCAAUCGUUGUUUGUAUUGGUUUCAGAUUUGGGAAUAGUAAUGGAGAAGCAGGUUAGUUUUCGGCUUGGGAAAUUGGAAAAACAGACUAGUGUUAGAGGAGUGAUGGAAAAACAUUCGAGCUUUAGAGGGGAGAGGCAUAUGGAAAAGCAACAGAGUUUCCGUGGUGGGGGAAUGGAGAAGCAGAAGAGUUUUCGAGGAUUGAUGGAAAAACAGAAGAGCUUUAGGAUAGCUAUGGAGAGACAGCUUAGCUUUGGUGGUGAGAGGAAGAAGAGCAAAGAAUCACCUGGAAAGAGAGGAGAUUCUCCACUUCAUCUUGCUGCUCGAGGUGGGAAUUUAUUGAAGGUUAUUGAUAUACUUCAGAGGUUUGAUGCAAAUGCUAUAAGAGAUUGGCUAUCAAAGAAAAAUCAAGAGGGUGAGACUGCUUUGUAUGUUGCCGCGGAAAAUGGGCAUGCACUUGUUGUUGAAGAAUUUUUGAAACAUCUGGAUCUUCAGACUGCCUCUAUUGCAGCCAAUAAUGGUUAUGAUCCUUUCCAUGUUGCAGCGAAGCAGGGCCAACUUGAUGUCCUAAAAGUACUUCUGCAAUCUUUCCCCAACCUGGUUAUGACUACUGAUGCAUCAAACUCUACUGCCUUGCACACUGCUGCAGCUCAAGGGCACAUUGAUGUAGUCAAUUUGCUUCUUGAUGCUGAUUCCAACCUUGCCAAAAUAGCUCGGAACAAUGGAAAGACUGUGCUCCAUACAGCAGCAAGGAUGGGCCACUUGGAAGUUGCAAAAUCUCUUUUAAGCAAAGAUCCAAGCAUUGGGUUCAGGGCUGAUUUGAAAGGACAAACUGCACUGCAUAUGGCAGUGAAAGGAAAAAAUGUUGAAAUUGUGCAAGAACUAAUUAAACCUGACCCCUCGGUACUUUGUUUAGAAGAUAGCAAGGGAAACACACCGCUGCACAUUGCAACAAGGAAGGGUUGUAUUCAGAUCGUGUCUUGCCUAGUAUCCAUUGACGGCAUAAAUGUUAAUGCCGUAAACAAGGCAGGAGAAACCCCUCUUGAUAUUGCAGUGAAAUUUGGAACACCUGAACUUGUUGCCGUUUUAAAAGAGGCAGGUGCCUGUAAUGGAAAACCUCCAACUGCAGCAAAACAACUCAAGCAGACUGUCAGUGACAUAAAGCAUGACGUUGAGUCGCAAAUCCAGCAGACUCGUCAAACUGGCUUCAGGGUAAAGAAAAUUGUGAAGAGAAUAAAGAAGCUCCACAUCAGUGGUCUGAACAAUGCCAUAAAUUCAGCAACUGUUGUUGCUGUCCUUAUUGCUACAGUAGCUUUUGCAGCAAUCUUUACCGUACCUGGUCAGUAUGUUGAGGUUAACACUCCUGGAAACUCCCUCGGUGAAGCACAUAUAGCCAAGGAUCCUGCUUUUAUCAUAUUCUUUUUGUUUGAUAGUUUGGCAUUGUUUAUCUCUCUGGCUGUUGUUGUAGUGCAGACUUCUGUGGUUGUGAUAGAAGAAAAAGCAAAGAAGCAACUCAUGUUUGUCAUAAACAAGCUUAUGUGGUUGGCCUGCGUUUCCAUUUCAAUUGCUUUUAUUUCUCUCACGUAUGUGGUUGUGGGUGCCCAUGAACGGUGGCUUGCUGUGUAUGCAACUGUUAUUGGUAGCUCAAUCAUGCUUACUACCAUUGGCUCCAUGUGUUAUUGUGUAGUUCGGCAUAGGUUGGAGGAGUCAAAGAUGAGGAGUAUAAGAAGAUCCGAGACCCCCCGUUCUGUUUCAAUGUCAUCAGAUCCUGAGCUGUAUAAUGAAAAAUAUAAGAGGAUGUAUGCAGUUUAAGAGAUGUUUGACAGCUUGACAUCCACAUAUGACUGAAGAAGUGCAAAUGAAGUUGAAACGGUCUCCUACUCUUCUAGGACCAUAUAUAUAUAGAUACAGAUAUAUAUUAUUGAAUAAAAGUUGAAAUGUUCCCGGAAGUAGUUGGAAGACUUGCGUCUAGAGGACUAUGAUGCAAGAUUGCUAACAGAUAACGGUUAUCAUCACCUCAUUGAUUGUUUAUGUUGUUGGUAUACGGGGGAGGAUGAUAUUAGAUGGAAUUAAGCCGAUUCUACAUGCUGUGGAUCAAGUUGGAUCUCCAGAGCAACAAGGUGAUAAUUUCUGAUGUAGAAUAUAAUUUUGCAAGAGUCUCAACAAGAUCGAUGGAAAAAUGUAUGAAUGAAUCUUUAUGUAUAUAUGUAAGUCAUUUUCAAUGAAAUCCUGCUAUCCUGUGGUUUCUCCA